AUGGAUAUUGAGCAUUAUGUGUUAGCUGUAUUUAUAGCUAUUGCUAGCGCAUUGGUUUUGGUACCAUCGUUGAAGCCAAUUUUUAAAAUAUCCUUACUACUAAUUACACUAACACUGAUGGCCCAAGUAUUGCGACGUAUGUUUGGCCUUCCAUCUAAUGUUCCUGCCGCUAGCGAGUUCUUCAAAGGUUUUCGUGUUGGUGGACAUCGAGGUGCACCGAAAGUUGCUCCUGAAAAUACGAUUGAAUCGUUUGAAAAGGCAAAAUUAUCAGGUAUGGAUUUGGUAGAAUUUGAUUUAACGUUAACGAAGAAUGGUAUUGUGGUGAUCAUGCAUGAUGACGAUCUAAUGAGGACAUGUGGUGAACCAGGAUUGAUUGCAUCCUUUACUUUAGAAGAAUUAGGAAACAAAAAUGCCGGGAAGACGUUCCAAUCAUUAGGUUCAUUUGAUAGCCAAACGGCUUCGAAAGUUUAUCAUAUACCAACUCUGGAGGCCACCGUGAAAUAUUGCCGAGAAAACAACUUAAAAAUGCUAUUCGAUGUGAAAGAUAGCAGCUCCGAGAUGGUUUCUCAAAUAGUAUCAAUAAUAUCAUCUAAUAAUUUGUACGGUGAUGUGAUCGUUUCUUCGUUUUUUCCUUGGGUUCCAUAUGCUGUCAAGAAAAUUGAUCCCAAUAUAUUAACUGGCGUUACAUGGCGUCCAUAUUUUGCAACAUAUAAAGAUUUGGAGUGUUGCAUUCCACGAUUCUCUGGACUGAAGCAUUUUUUGGCAUUGCUGUUAGAUUAUAUUAACAUGAAACUAUUGGACAGUUUUCUACCACAGUUCCUGGGAGUUGAAAUGCUACUCCUUUAUGAGAAAGAAAUAUCUAGCGGGCUGGUAGAUAGGAUGAAGAACUUGGACAUUCAGGUGGUUGCAUGGACGGUUAAUGAUCCUCGUCAAAUGCUUUAUUUGAUCGAUACAUUGCAAGUUCCUUUUCUAACAGAUCUACCUCAUGUAUACAAAGAUUUAAAAACUAUACGAAUGGAAAUACAGAGCAAGGAUGGAAUCAAGAACUAA